AUGAGUUGGCAAUCUUACAUUGUCCCGCUGCUUGGGAGCGCCGUCAUCUCAACACUCACAUAUUUUUUAGGAAAAUGGGAUUGUUCAAUAUUAUGGAUUAUAUUUAUAGUGGUUGUUAGUGUCAUUAAAAGUUAUUUAUGGAGGAAAAGAGAACGAAGAUUAUUAUCAUUGAGAGCCACUGCGUUGAGGGAACGCGAAGUUAUCUUGGCACAACUCCAAGAUCUACCCGCAUGGGUUCAAUUCCCCGAUACUGAAAGAGUUGAAUGGCUCAAUAAGGUAAUCCUCCAACUUUGGCCAUAUGUCGGUGAAUACACGAAAGUUUUCAUGAACGACUUUGUCAUUCCACAAGUCAAAGCCCAAAUGCCGGGCAUGUUCAAGAAUUUCAAGUUCACAAAAAUGGAUAUGGGCGAUAUUCCAUGCCGCGUUGGUGGAAUUAAAGUGUAUACGACGAAUGUGGGAAGAGAUCGGAUCAUCGUCGACAUGGACGUCGCUUAUGCGGGCGACGCUGAUUUCACAGUUUCAUGCUGCGGAUUCACCGGCGGUAUGAAUAAUAUUCAAUUUUCUGGAAAACUACGCGCCAUUCUCAAACCACUUUUACCAUAUCCACCAAUGAUUGGCGGAAUUUCGGCGACAUUCCUUGAAAUGCCACGAAUGGACUUUAAUUUAACCGGAAUGGGAGAAAUGGUCGAGUUGCCUGGACUAAUUGACGCGAUCCGAAGUGUGAUCAACAGUCAGAUCGGCGCGCUUUGCGUUCUUCCGAAUGAAGUCGUCGUACCAUUGGCUCCAGAUGUAGACGUCACAAAGCUCUAUUUCCCGGAACCUGAAGGUGUCAUUCGACUUAAAAUCAUCGAAGCCAAGAACUUGGAAAACCGCGAUAUUUCAUUUAUCAAAAAAGGCAAAUCGGAUCCAUAUUGUGAAAUUCAAGUUGGUGCACAAUUCUUCAAAACUCGUACUAUUGAUAACGACUUGAAUCCAAUUUGGAAUGAAUAUUUUGAAGCGGUUGUUGAUCAAGCAGAUGGACAGAAACUUCGAAUCGAACUUUUUGAUGAGGACCAAGGAAGAGAUGAAGAACUAGGACGUCUUAGUUUGGAUCUGAAAUCAGUUAAAGCCAAAGGAACUAUUGAUCAUUGGUACCCAUUGGAAGGUUGCAAACACGGUGAUUUGCACAUCAAAGCUACCUGGAUGGACCUAUCGUGCGAUUUGAAGCAUUUGGAAAAGCAGGAGUGGGAAGCUGAAUGGGGUUCGGCGGACAAACCGAUACAUUCAGCCCUUCUGAUGGUUUUCGUCGACUCUGUUUCAAACCUGCCGUAUCCAAAAUCUAAACUCGAACCAUCUCCGUUUAUCGAGGUCUCGCUGGGAAAGGAAACGCAAAGAACGCCGGUGAAAGUUAAAACUGUUAAUCCGCUGUUUCAGUCAAAGUUUAUGUUCUUCGUGAGACAUUUAGAAGGCCAAGAAUUAAAGUUUGAGGCGAUUGAUGAUGGAACACGUCGCCCGCUUGGUAGCUUCAGCCUCUCAUUAUCAACUCUGCUUAAAGAGCCUCAACUGGAGCAAAACCAGCAAUUACACAUGCUCACGCUAGGUGUUCAUCAAAGUCCGAUUGUAGUAACAUCAAGAUUGCGAGCUGUAAUUCAAGCAAAGCCGAAAAAAAGCAACGAAUUGAAUCACUAUGUUCUCGGCGAAUAUGGAAACGCGCAAUAUAUUGAACGAGCAAAUGGCGGAUUGAAGCCGAAUGGAGGAGAUGCUGUAGCCGUCGAACCGGCGAAAACUGUGAACCAUGAUGCAGCGGAAGAUGAAAUUGAAGUCAAACUGAAUGUCGAGAACUUCCAGAUGCUUCGAUCGGAUUCGAAUAAUUCAAUUGGUUCAAAUUCAAGAUCUAAUAGUCGACUAGGAAGAAUAUUCAAAUCAAAACACGAAAUGAAAAAACGAGAGACGAGAGGUGAUGAAAAUCGAGGAGAAAUUGAAUUGGCGAUUGAUUAUGACGAACUGAAAAGUCAAUUGAUAGUGGCAAUUUUGAGAUGUCGAGAUUUGAUAUCAAUGGAUAAAAAGGAAACUUGUAAUCCUUACGUAUCGAUGAAAUUAAUCUCGAUAGAUGGAAAUAAAGAAAUCUACAAGAAGAAGACCCCGAUUUCAAAAAAUACAAAAUCACCGAAUUUCGAUAAUCAUUUCACGAUUGAUCUGAAUUCUUCUGAUCUUCACAACUACAAACUGGCAAUUGCAGUGAAAGAUGACACUAACUACGGCACUUUUGUUGCAAAACCCAUUCUCGGAAUGCUGGAAAUUCGAUUGGAUUCUUUGUCUGAUCGAAAACUCAGCCAACGAUGGAUUCCGUUGUCAGUGGAGCGAAAAUGA